AUGGCUUUCAUUCAACGCGCCGACGGUCUGGGGCUCAUUAGAGACUUGUUCCCCAAAGAUAUCGUCCGUAACCAGAACGAGGUCGAGGCGUUUGAAGAAAUGGAUAGCUCCAUGAUCAAACCACUCAAGUUCGACCGUCUUUUUGAUUGGGCAAUCGUGACUUCCGCCGUACCAUCCACCGACCGAACUCGUGCCAUGCAAUGCGUUCUCAAACCAAUGCCACAUAUCUUCGCAGAAACAAAUUCUUUGCAGAGGUUGACCGUCAGGAUCUUUGGGUUUCUUGGUAAACACAACCUCACCCCCAUGGGCAACUGGAAUAGGACUCUGCGAGGAGCACCGAAGGCUAUCAUGUAUUUCGAGCUGGAGCCGGGCGCGUACCAGCACGAAUUUGUCGAGCAGAGAGUUCAGCUGGAGGAACUGCGGCGAAUGGCCUACAAGUACCUGGGACAAGGUAUGUCAGGUAGAUCCGAGAAGGAUAAGGCCCUGUUUUUCCAACGUCGAGUGUUGCGAAAGGCCACCGGAGUCCCCCCAUGGACCCCGCUCGAACCAUCGGAACUCUACGAUAACGAUCUAGCGGCCAUAACAAGCAAAUGGCGUUUGGACGUCUCCCCAACUUUCGGGCGUCGUAGUUCCUCGGGAUCUCUGCGCGCAUGCAGCCCACUCACCUUCUCAGUCGGCGACUUUGUCGACGUCACCGCUGUACUCGACAUCAUCACCAUCACUAAGGACGGACAUCCCAAGUCCCGAGUCCAUUUUGGUUUUACGUCUCUCAUCCAGCUGUGCGCCGCCGACAGGGUAGAAACGGCAAUGGGAGCGACGGCCGUACCCGAUAUCGAAGGUCGCGAGAUCACAAUGCACGAAAGUGCGCUAGUUCUUGAAGAAGACGAUGGGUCGAGUGGGGACGAGAAGGACGACGCGGCGGGAAAUGGAAAUGGUCGCCGUCACAACAUUGAGUGCCUACUCCACGCCGAUUGA